UACCACUGCGAGGAAAUGAAACACAACUGAUAAAUAUUUAACAGCAUUGUCUGAUAAAGAUCUCCUAUAAUGUAAUUUUCAGGGUCACCGGGGUCAGCGUGGAGUCUCCCACGAUCGUGACCCGAUCAGUAUUUAACACCAAACAGAGCCGAGGAACAUCUGGACACAUGAACAUGUCAUCCUUCUACACAUAAGAACCAGCUGGAUGCUAGCAGCAAAACAAUAUCAGUGAUGGCGCAGGAGUGAGAUCAGCCCGGCUCCAGCUGUAAACAUCUGUCUACAGAGGAAGAGGAAGGGAUGGGAGGAAGAGUGUGCAGGGAGGAGGCGAAGGAGGAGAAAAGGCAGAGCCCAGGCAGAGAGGACAGCCUGAUGUCUGCUGACAAAAUCAGAAGAUUCACCAAGCAGUCUGGACACAACGUCCUGAGCCUGGCCCGCCGUGGACUCAAGGACGCUCCAGGGGAGCUGUGGGAGCUGCUGGAGCUGGAGAAGCUGAAUCUGUCCCUCAACAACCUGAAGGCGCUGCCUCCUCAGCUGGCCCUGCUGUCCAACCUGCUGGUCCUCAACCUGUGGGGGAACCAGCUCAGCAGCCUGCCGGCCGAGAUCGGGCAGCUGAGGAGACUCCGGGUUCUGUUCGUCUACAGAAACAGACUGACGGAGGUUCCUGAGGAUCUGGGGGCCUGCACACAGCUGGAGGUCCUGAGUCUGGCCAACAACCAGCUCUCCUCGCUGCCGGCUUCUCUCUCCAACCUGACCAGACUCAGGAAGCUCAACCUCAGCCACAACCUCAUGACUCACCUGCCAGGCUGCAUUUACAGCAUGAAGGCCCUGGUCUUCCUGGAUCUGUCCUGCAACCGUCUGGAGAACGUGGCUGAGAACAUCCAGGCUCUGCUGGAGCUCAAGAUCCUCCUCAUGGAGGGAAACCACCUCCACUCUCUGCCCAGAGGUCUCUGCUUCCUCACCAGGCUGGAGCUGCUCAACCUGGACUUUAACUGCAUCAGAGACCUUCCUGAGUUCCUCCAGGUCUUCCACCAGCAGAAUUACAAGAAGCAGACCCUCCCGACUUAUCCACCAUACCCGCAGAAUAUCAUGAUUUGGCACCUGUCUACAGCAAAUCCAAAGCACUCUCUCUUCUCUUCCACCUCAUCAUCCCUAUGACUGUGCGAUAGAUCUUCUCCCCGGAGCACCAGUACCCACCAGCCGACUCUACAACAUUUCAUGACCCGAAUGAGAAAAACCAUGGAGAGGUACAUAAAAAAACCUCACUGGCAGCUGGCAUUAUUCGUCCCUCUUCCUCUCUUCUUGGGGCUGGAUUUUUCUUUGUGGGGAAGAGGGAUAGAUCCGUGAGGCCAUGCAUUGAUUACCAAGAUUUAAAUCAGAUCAUUGUUAAAAACAAAUAUCCCCUUCCCCUUCUCUCUUCAACUGUUGAACCGGUUCAUGGUGCAACCAUAUUCCCCAAACUCAACUUACGAAAUGCAUACCAUCUUCUCUGCAUCCGUCCAGGAUGAAUGGAAGGCAGCUUUCAAGACAUCUAUAUAUCUCUUGUUAACGACAUUUUGAGAGAUUUUCUUAAUGUGUUUGUAUUUGUCUAUCUCAACGACAUUUUGAUCUAUCCCAAGUCCCUAACUGAACACAAACAAGAUGUCCACCUCUUUCUGCAACAACUCGUGGAAAAUUAACUUUUUGUCAAAGCUCAGAAAUGUGAAUUCCACAAACCAUCCGUUUCUCUCCUGGGCUUCAUACUCGAGGGCGGACAGGUAAGACCAACGGAGGAAAAGAUCAAAGCAGUUUUGGAUCAGCCCACUCCAGAGUCCCGUAAACAACUGCAAAGGUUUUUCGAAUUCGCUAACUUCUACCGCCACUUUAUAUGUAACUAUAGUCAAACAGCAUUACCAUUAACCGCUUUAACUUCAACCAAGACAUAAUUCGUUUGGACCUCUGAGGCCGACAGUGCAGCUCAAAUCACUUUUUGCCAACGCUCCGUUUAUGUUCAACCUGAUCCCAGUAAACAAUUUAUUGUUGAAGUAGAUUCAUCAGAUACCAGUAGGAGCUGUACUUUCACAAGUCUCUGACCUUGAUAAUAAAACCCAUCCUUGUG